CGUGUUCGAAGCAGAUUUUCUACACACGGAAAGAGAAAAGGCGUCUUACCUACAGCCUUGAUUUGGUCAAGCGGCAUCUUUCUCUCGUUAUUUGGCCAAUAACAAUUUCUCCGGAGACGUCUCUGUCGUUGUCUCCCUGACUAGCUCAUGGAGUUCUCCGUAGCCAACUCUAAAAGUCGUGCAGACCCAUAGGAACCUUUUUGUCGCGUCCAAAUCCGGACGAAAGCAGACCUUCUCGGUCGUCGUUUCUCGGUCAGUCCAGCUGUUCCGAUCUUCUGGGCAGGCAAAGUCUGGGGCCAGCCGCCAGCUCGAUACCUACUACUUUGACCCAUGGCAGCCUUGCUACGUUUGGCAGUUCUCCCGUGUACGCCCUCAGCCCCCGCCGUCAUGACAGCUGCCGCCUCACAGACCGAGGACCUGACGAAGAGGCUAGUCUGUAGGUUACUCCGUGCACUAUCCCCUUUCCUCACUUUCAGCCCGACUGUGGCGGCCGCCAUCUCACACGAGCCACAGUUUAUUCUUCUCUUCGCCUUUCGGGCUAAUCGGUCAAGCCUCAUGUUGCUUGAGCGAGCAUGGCAUCUCCAAGAGAAUAGUCGCGGCGUAGCCGGAAUCCAAGAAGACCGUUACCCUCCGAUCAGAUUGUCCGUGAUAUCCACGCAUCUCGUACUUCAGGCUAGAGACCAAAGAGUCUUCGGGGCUCUGGGGCGUACAACGCGUCUGCUAUCGCUAGCUCGCGCGUCUAUCCGCCUUGUCCUGACAUUGCAAUCGACCAAUAACGACGACGAGAAGUCCGAGGGCCCCCACGUCGCGCCUGGUGAACAGACACCAGACCUCAUGGACGUUGGUGAACAACCCAGCAGACUGGUGAUCGUAUUAAUCAAGCGGCCGCCAGGGGAAAAGACCUUCCAAAUACCUUGAGCCACAGGAAAGCCGGCCAGAUGCCCCGAAGCCCUCAUGUUGACGCCUUCAGAGGAAUCCCCACGAUAUCUCCAGCCACUUGACAGCGCAUGCAGAAGGGACCAACUCUAGAUCGAGUCGAAGACCUUCCCAGGUGAUCAUCAUCCUCACCCUCAUACCUUUG